CCCGAGGAUGUGCCCCGCUGGGACCCCAACAACCCCCUGUGCCCUGGGGCCACCCGGGCCAACGGCGAGGUGAACCCCCAGUACGAGGGCACCUUCGUCUUCCCAAAUGACUUCCCUGCGCUGCAGCCUGAUGCUCCUGAGCCUGGUGACAGCGGUCACCCCUUGUUUCGAGCUGCAGCAGCCCGGGGUGUGUGCAAGGUGAUGUGCUUCCACCCCUGGUCGGACCUGACGCUGCCCCUGAUGUCCCUGGCAGAGAUCCGGGCUGUCAUUGACGCAUGGGCAGAGCUGGCAGCUGAGCUGGGUGCUUCCUACCCGUGGGUGCAGAUUUUUGAGAACAAGGGUGCGAUGAUGGGCUGCUCCAACCCCCAUCCCCACUGCCAGGUGUGGGCCAGCAGCUUCCUCCCGAAUGAGGCGUGCCUGGAGGACCGGACCCAGCGGCAGUACCUGGGCCAGCACGGUGUGCCCAUGCUGCUGGAGUAUGCCGAGCAGGAGGCUCACCGAAAG